CUAGUCGAGAGUUAAAUGACAGACUUCCAUGCAAGGCAAGGCGUAGUGGCACCUCACCCCCACCCCCGCAGGCCUGAGACGCCGCUGCUUAUAAAUACGGGUUACGAUGGGUCGCGCGUGCAGUUGUUACGGAGACUGGUUGUGGUGAGGAUGAGAGAGACUAUGGGUGCCAGGAUGCUCGUGACGCUUGUGUUAGUGUCUGGUGUUAUUUGUGGGACACGCGGGGAUAGCUUCUCUGAAAAAGGUGUUGAGGGCACGAACACCAACGAAGCCCAAGCCAUCAACUUCCUCCGCCAGUACGACGCCGAAGCCUCAGUCAUGUGCAACCGCUUCAUGGAGGCCAGCUGGGACUUCAACACGAACGUCACUUCGGUCAAUCGCCGGAGAAUGUUAUCGCGACAGAUGGAGUGGUCGCGGUUUCAUCGUCAGAAAUGGGACCAGGCCACGACCUUCGCGUGGAAGAACUUCUCCUCGGCGCCUGUGCGGAGGAUGUUCUCCUUCGUCACGGUGUUGGGAAGAGCCGCCCUGCCUGAGGAUAAGCUGAAGGAGUUGACAGAGCUCACCCAGGAAAUGAAGUCGUCCUUCUCCGCUGCCAAAAUCUGCAGGUACGACCCCUCGCGCCGCCGCCUGGAUAACGGAGAUUACGACUACAGCGCAGACAACGACCUGGACAACGAGAUCGGAUGUACGCCAACGCUCAGCCUCGAACCGCACCUCGUCCAGUUGAUGGCGACUUCCCGCGACCCGGACGAGCUGCGCUACGCCUCUGCGCAGGCAAUACACGCGCUUCGUCGAGCUCUCCAACGAAGCCGCGAGACUCAAUGGCUUCGAAGACGCCGGCGACUUCUGGCGGAGCGACUACGAGACGGACGACUUCGAGGACAUCAUCGACGGGCUGUGGGCGGAGCUGAGGCCGCUGUACGAGCAGCUGCACGCGUAUGUGCGCAGGAAGCUCAUCGAGAAGUACGGCGAUACCAUCGUGCCGCCCACGGGCCCCAUCCCCGCCCAUCUCUUGGGCAACAUGUGGGCGCAGACGUGGACCCACAUCUUGGACAUUACUGUGCCCUAUCCCGGACGGCCGAGCGUGGACGUGACCAACACCCUCCGUCGCCAGGGAUACUCGCCCUUCGACAUGUUCCGGCUGUCGGAGUCCUUCUACAUCUCUCUCGGUCUUGAGCCGAUGCCCUCGACCUUCUGGCAGAAGUCUCUCCUCAUUAAGCCCACUGAUAGAGACGUUAUCUGUCACGCUUCCGCUUGGGAUUUCUGCAAUGGUAUAGACUACAGAAUCAAGCAAUGUACCCAAACUACGAUGGAAGACCUGAUAACAGCGCAUCACGAAAUGGGUCAUAUCCAGUACGAUCUCCAGUAUCGCAACCAGCCCUUCAUCUUCAGGGACGGUGCCAAUCCCGCCUUCCACGAAGCGGUGGGCGACGUCCUAGCCCUCUCGGCCGCCACGCCCUCGCACCUUCAGGAGAUCAACCUCCUCGCCAACGUCGACGAAUCCUUCGAGAACGACAUCAACUUCCUCUUCUCGAUGGCGCUGGACAAGAUCGCUUUCCUGCCGUUCGGUUAUCUCGUGGACAAGUGGCGUUGGGAAGUGUUCAGCGAAGAAAUCAGUGAGUCAGAGUACAACAGCCGCUGGUGGGAUCUUAGGGUGAACUACCAGGGUGUAUCAGCGCCCUUGCUGAGGGAUGAGGAUGACUUCGACCCCGGCGCCAAGUUCCACAUCCCGGCUAAUGUGCCUUACGUGAGGUAUUUCGUGAGCUUCAUUGUGCAGUUCCAGUUCCACGCUGAGCUCUGCAAGGCCGCAGGACACACGGGCCCGCUCCACCGUUGCAACAUCUACCGCUCUGCCGAAGCUGGGAGGCUCUUGAGGAACGUGCUUUCCCUCGGCAAGUCUCGCCCUUGGCCCGAGGCGCUCUCCGUGCUCACCAGCGGCCGCACCAACAGUCUAGAAGCAGGACCAAUUCUCGAGUAUUUCCAGCCUCUCAUGUCUUGGCUCGAGUCUCAGAAUAAGGACGAGUUUAUCGGGUGGCAGGAAAACGAAGCCAUCGUCCUGGGCGUGGUGAGCUCCAAUGCCUCCGUGGUGACGGGGCUGUCAGGAAGCUGCGGUCGUCAGGCGGGUCCUUCACCGCUCCUGCGCCGGGAACCUGAGACGAGGCGGACCCGAAGCCUGAGGUUGAAAUCAUCGAGGAGGAUUUAGGGACGAUUUAGCAGAGAGCGGUUGCUUGUUUUCUCUCCCCUUUUUUAACGGUAUAUUUAUAAUAAGAUUCUUAUUUAUGUAGUCCAUUUUGUUGCCAACUUACGUCCCAACUGUCUUUACAGCUUGUACUUUACGAAAAGAUUCAUUUCAAGUUUGUUUAUUGUUUUUAAGGCGGUCCAGUUCACUGAUCUCUCUCUCUUUUUUAUUUGUCAAGAAAAAAAAUGCAAGCUACCUCAAGGAAAAAAAAGUAAUAAUCAACCAGUAUAAGAAGACCAAAGAUAAGUGUUUAAUCUCUUAGACGCCACAAGAGCCCCUCCUUGCCAGAUUUGAGUACAUCCAACAAUUAGCGCUCAUUCUCUGCUGCAAUCGCCACCUUUAAAAGUCCCUCUCGACGAGCUUUUCCUUCUCUCCACGACUUUCAUCUCGAACUUCGGGUCAGUGAUUAUGAAACUAGUCCCGUCCUUUGGCUUUGGUCGGACUGUUCCAAGGCUGUACGGAGGAAUGAUAAGUGUCUUCGGAAGCCAUAGUAAAGAGCUUCGAAGCCCGACCGAUUUUUCGAGCAUAAGGACCACGCGGCGUUACUUGAAAGUAUGAUGUACAAAGUCCGCACACUAUGAGAUUAAGGCGUAAAGUUGUUAUUAUGCGCAUUUAAAGUCUUUACGGCGAUGUGUCCUUUCCAGAUGUAUAGUUCAUGAGUUUUGUACCUUAUCUUACAUGCUGCCAAGGUUAGUGGUUCCAAGUUUAGGCUUGAGAGAUUUUAAUGGAGCGCGAGUGCUCACCAUGUCAUCCGAUAAUAUACAUUUCCAUCACUGUAUAUAGAUAAUUCACAUCAUCAGUUGUGUCUGGUAUUUGAGGUGUGUUUAUAGACCUCCAUUGCCAAAAAGACAGCGAACCAUUCACACAUGGCAUGCAGUUUCUGAACCAAUUUUUUUUUAUGUACACUAUUUGUGGGAACACGUAGCAAUGUGGUGUUUAAGUUGGAAAUAUGUAUAAAAUACGCAAAACUUUCUCUUCCCCCACACGCUUAAUUAUUCUUAAAGGAGAAGGAAGCAAUAUCUGUGACCUUGCUGGACCUCCCAUCAUCACAGUUCAGUCAACACAAGGAUGGAACUAAGCAAGACUCCAGGAACCGACCGAGCUCACUCUCUGAAGACUCCGCACUGCGUACCGGAGCGAAAGAACCAUUGCCUUUCAGCCGAGAGGUUCCUGGUAGUCGUAAGGAAGUCACUCUUGUUGGUGUUGUCUUCUGUUUGUUAUUCAUGUGGUAGCACCGUUGAAGCCGUAGUGU